ACAGCAGGACUCUGGUCCACCCUGUGCAUGCUGACUGUUAAUAUUCCCCCGAAACGAUGUGUCAACCACCAGAAAGAGGAUAAACACGAAGCUAAACCACGCGACAGGCCAGGCGCACCACUUAGACAAAUUGAACAUUACUGUCAUGAUGGGGGAAACGUAAGCUAAGCUAGGAGGCUGACUUCUAGUGUUUUGCACUGCAGAAGACGAGGAUACAGGGGCUGAAUGGAUAACCAUGGCAACAGCAGCAGGAGAAGCGGUGAGCAGCAGCUUACGGCAGCGAUAUAACCACUGAACACAGACAAGGCAUCAUACCUCCGUAGAUCUGAAAGGCAAGGGUCGCUGUAGGUUGUGAAGCCAAAGCCUUGUGGAUAUUAGACAGUGGUGGACACUGGUUAUUGCGUGGGGAUUCGCAGCGCAUCAGUGAGCAAGGGGAUGACCUGGAACGUAUCAUGUCUGAAGUACAGGGGACGUUGGAGUUUUCUGUAGAGCUGAACAAGUUUCACAAUGUGGAUCUCUUCCAGAGAGGAUUCUACCAGGUCCGAGCAGGGCUGAAGGUCUCUCCUCGUGUACCACACAGGUUGAUAGCGACAACACCAGGGAAUACAGGUGACUGUAGUUUCAGCUCUGCGGGGGUCCAUGAUGGGGUCCAUGAGGACACUACGGUGUUCAGUCGGAUCUUCCAGAUCCUCUACCGGAACGAAGAGGUCAACGUCGAUGACCGCAUGCUCUUCAAGGUCCACCUAUUGCUGGAUGGGGAGAGGGUGGAAGAGGCUCUGAGUGAAGUGGACUUUCAGUUGAAGCUGGAUCUUCACUUCACAGACAACGAGCAACAGUUAGGGGACAUCGUGACAGUCCCAGUCAUCAGCAGUAGAACCCUGGGUCUCCACUUCCACCCCAGGAGCGGUCUCCACCACCAUGUACCUGUCAUGUUCGACUACUUCCACCUGUCCGUCGUCUCUGUCUCCAUACACGCAUCCUUGGUGGCCUUGCAUCAACCACUCAUCAGUUUUGCCCAUACAGGGAAGGGUUCCUGGCUGGGAAAGGGCUCCCCAGAGAACGGUAUUGACCCGUCAGCCAUGGGGGUAUCCAUGGAGAACCUGAUGUUCGGGGCUGGAUACUGCAAACCUGUCAUCACAGAGGGGAGUUUCUACGUCCCCAGUGAGAACUGUUUACAGAGAGCUCACACAUGGCAUGGUAGACUCUGUCGCCUCCUACUGGUGGUACACAGAGGCCUACGUUCCUACUACACCACUGUGAUGAAGGAGAUACCACAGCUGGACCAGGUGGACAUAGACGAGCUUCCUGUGGAAGAAACACUAAAUCUGCUCAGAACAGAAUUACAGCUGCAGGAGGGGCAUGAGAAAGUAGCAGAACAGAUCUGUAGAGACCUGACCCAACUCUGCUCCCAACUGUCGGCCCUGUGGACACGCUUCCUGGAGGCUGCCGUUCCCAACACACAUAUCCUGUCCCACCUGGCCCAGGAACACCACACGCUCAGGGUCAGGCGGUUUUCAGAGGCAUACUUCUUCACAGAACACCCCAAAGAGACAUCCCUGACAUUUCAAGAGGACCUGAUCAACAGACACGGUCAGAUAGCUGUGGAGGUGCGUAGCUCCAACUACCUGACCAGGAUGCCACCGUUACCUGUAGAAUGCCUGGACAUUGACGGAGACUGGAACAGCCUGCCUAUCAUCUUCGAAGAUAGAUAUGUAGAGUCUCCACGGACAGAUUGGGGAUCAUAUAUACCAACACCUAUGUCCACCAGUGAGCAGGCCAUCCCCGACCUUCCUGUCACUGAUGCCAACAAUAGCCCUCCUCCCCUGGACCAGCUCACCAGCUCACCAGCAAUACCAACCCAGGAACCUAAAGACAGUGAGGACUGCAUGGACCUGUCUACACACGGGUCUCUCAUAGGAGUGCAGAGCAUUAUUACUGACAAGAUAGGAGAGACAUCAGACCCGGACAAGGCAGACCCAGACCAGGGAGAACCAGACCAGGGAGAACCAGACCAGGGAGAACCAGUCCAGCCAGGGGAUCCAGAGGAGCAGGCCAAGGCAGAGGAUAAAUCAGAGGAGAGCCCUGGUUUAGGCCUGAGAAUAAUCAGAGUCAGGCCCACUGAUGUGGAUCCAUUCAGAGGAGAGGCAGUGCUAAUGAUCUCCUCCAACCACAAACAGUGUACGGACCCACAACAUACCUCUAACCGUGAAGACACGACUUGGAAAGACUUGGAGAACCACCAGGACAUCAUCACACAGAGAUACCAGAACAUUAUCAGUACAGGAAUUGACUUGGAUGUAGAAGAGAAUGACAUUGCUAUGGACGACGACAGCAAGUAUGUUCCUCUGAGCCGUCUAACCACUUACCCCCAGGCUGCACUCAAAGAUCAUCCUCUCACGCACCCUCUACCUACGGACCUGAGGAGAGAGCUGGCCCACCGAGGGGUGGUGGGGGUGGGGGGCCCAAAGAUAAUGAACCGCUCCCCCUCCAUCAUCUCUGACUCAGGCAUCGAGAGUGAGCCAAGCUCAAUGGCCUGGCUCCUGGACGCUCACCGGACUGGAGGAGGGCGCCCUCUGGAGGAGAUAAUGGUACUGCAGCGCCUGGAGAGGAGACACCCAGCCCACCGCAGCUCCCUGGAGGGCCUGCAGACAGAGAGUGGAGCCAGUGGGGGCAGCCUGCCCGGCGGAGGGGGUGGCAGUAUGGGUAUCCAGGCCUCCCUCACCUCCAUCUCGUCCCUGCCCUACGAGGACGACGAGGAACAGAGGUACCAGCAACAGCUCAGUAAACUGACCAAGUCGGUCUCAGCUCCUCAGAUCUCCAGCCCUGAGGACACAGAAGAGGACCAGGGAGGAGCGGAGGCGGAGGUAGACACGGAGAGCGAGGGGACCAGCGGGUACCAGGACCAGGAGGUGGGAUGCUUCUCCAUCUCCACUGCUCCCACCCAUGUAAUGACUGAGGACUUGAUUAGACACCAGGAGUCCUUAUCCGGGGGAAACUACUCCUCUCUAGAGGACAUCCAAGAGGGAGAGCUGCCUGAGGUUGGUCUGUUGGACUGGGUAGCUGCGCCCUCACCACCCCAGCAUGUGACCAGAGCUCAUAUAGAGAGUUGUCAUGUUCUUAAAGAAACUCUUAGAUCUAAUGAUUCUGCUUUGCCAGUGGCCCUGUCAGACACUCAGGACAUGAAAGCAGUGUUAAGUGGCAUUAGUCGAGUACCGGAAGUCUUGCUGUUCCAACAGUAUGUUGAAUGCCAUGAUGAUGUGAAGGAUCCAGCUGUAGUCAGUCAGAUGGAGGAUAAGAAACAUCACAGAGGAGAUAGCCGUGGUGUCCCAAACUCAGUGGCCUCAGGUCCCUGUGAAGUAGACUUCGCCCCCUGUAGCUGUGAGACAAAACCCUGUGAACAUGACAGCGGUGUGCUGGUGGAUGAUGUGGAGGAUAAUCCAGUCAGGAAUGACUGUCAGAGUCUCCAUCAGAUUGGGUUGAAUGACCUUGUUGACCAGGACCUACUGGAUCAUCAUCAUACUCCCUGCCAGAGCCUCCAUCGGGUCGGGCUGCGUGACCUAGUGGUGGUCUCACAGAGGAAGAGCCUCCAUGACCCCAGGCCUAUCCCCUCUAUCCCCAACCACACAGAGAGACCCAUCCACCUCAUAGGCCUUACUGUCAAUGAUAGGGCCAGGUCUGAUGACCUCAUAGGGCUCCCGGCCAACGAGCGAGAGCAGCUGGAUCUCACCAGUCAGACCAAGCCGGCUAAGAUUCCCAGUAGCUCGGAGUCAGGGUCAGGCUCGGGGUCAACCUCAGGGUCAGGCCUGUCCUUUAUGAACAGGAAGGUGGUGGAGGUGGUGAAUAUGUCUGUGUCCUGCGCUCCGACCUGUCUUCCCUUCUCCUCCGUCCUCCGGGACUCACCGUCCAUUAGCGGCAUCUCCACUCGACAAGCCGCAUCCCCCAUUACCCAUCAGCCCCUGGGGUCCUUCGGCAUCAUCUCCUCAUCCUCGUCCAACUCCCUGGGGCCAGACGACGACACAAACGAGAGGAUGCUGCAUUUCUACAGGUCCAAAGAGGAUCUGAUGAAAGACCUGGUGUUCCAGGCAACCCUGUACAGUGACCUCCCUCACCUGGCCUCCGACCUGCCCUACUUCCCCCCUGAGGAGGAGGAUGAGGAGUUUGAGGAUGGCAUACACCUGGUUGUCUGUGUCCACGGCCUUGAUGGGAACAGUGCAGACCUUCGCCUGGUGAAGACCUUCAUAGAGCUGGGUUUACCAGGGUCCAGACUGGACUUCCUCAUGUCUGAGAGGAACCAGACUGACACGUUUGCAGAUUUUGACACCAUGACGGACAGGCUAAUAGACGAGAUCAUCCAACACAUUCAGCUGUACAACCUCACCGUCGGACGGAUAAGUUUCAUCGGUCACUCUUUGGGGAACGUGAUUAUCCGGUCGGUGCUGACAAGGCCUCGGUUCCGCUGCUACCUGGUCAAGUUGCACACCUUCCUGUCUCUGUCCGGACCACACCUGGGAACGCUGUACAACAACAGCACGCUGGUCAGCACAGGUCUGUGGCUGAUGCAGAAGCUGAAGAAAUCUGGAUCGUUGCUGCAGCUCACCUGCAGAGAUCACACCGAUCCUCGGAAAACCUUCCUCUAUCUUCUCAGUCAGAAACCAGGGCUCCAGUUCUUCAAGAAUGUGGUGUUGGUGGCAUCGCCUCAGGACCGAUAUGUUCCCUUCCACUCUGCAAGGAUAGAGAUGUGCAGGACUGCACUCAAAGACAGGACCACAGGUCCAGUGUACACAGAGAUGAUCAACAACCUACUCCAGCCGUUGGUGGGGGCUAAGGACUGUUGUCUGAUUCGCCAGAAUGUGUUCCACGCCCUGCCCAACACCGCCAACACUCUGAUUGGCCGAGCCGCUCACAUCGCUGUGCUCGACUCUGAACUCUUCUUGGAGAAGUUCUUCCUGGUCGCAGGGCUCAACUACUUCAAAUAGAACUUAAAACUACUUCAAAUAGUACUUCAAACUACUUUAAAGGGAUACGUCAGGAUUUUCGACAAUGAAGCCCUUUAGAUAUUUCCCCAGAGUUAGAUGAAUUUGUGGAUUCCAUUUUUAGGUCUCUGUGUGCAGUUUGAAGGAAGUUGCUAACUAGCAGGAGCACAAUUGCAAACUAGCGUUAGGGCAAUGACUGGAAGUAUAUGGAAACUGCUAGCCUGCUAGUUGAUACAGCAGACUUCCAGUCAAUGGGCUGACUCUAGUUAGCAUUGGCUCGCGAAACUACCUCUGACUUCCUUCAUACUGGAUGCAUUGACAAAAAAAUUGUAUCCACUAGUUCAUCUGACUCUGGGGAAGUAAAGCAAAUGCUUAAUUGACAAAAUCCUGAAGUAUCCCUUUAAAUAGAGGCUCAAAUAUUUAAAAAAGUAGAACCACUACUUCAAAUUGAGCUGUAGCUCUAGAGAAACUGGCUCAGAGAGGCUCUAGGUGUAUAUGAAGAUCUCUUUGUUGUGGUUAACAGGAUAGGAGGAUUUGGUGAGAGAAAGGGGGUUGCACCAUGACUAUGUACAGUGUAUAUUUAAAGUAUGUAUACCUAUGUUACCCCUGUUGUCAAAGAGGUGGUCAUAAGCUCUAUACAUCCCAUCCAUAUUAACAUCUGUAUACAAGUAUGUCAAGUGAAACAACUGACGUGGUGCAUCGUGUGGCUCAUACUGGUGUUGUAUAGGCCUUAUGAACACCUUCAUCCCUUACCCCUUCAUCCCUUACCCCUUCAUCCCUUACCCCUUCAUCUCAAAGUGUAGUCAGUAUAAUGUACAACUAAUGUUCAUCCCAAAGCGCUACCAAAUCAAGAACAUUUCAUUUUGGUAUGUAUCCUGACCUGAAGUGGCUAGUCUGAAUGAAUCACUGGACGAAGGAUCUACGAAUAACUGGACGAAGGAUCUACGAAUCACUGGACGAAGGAUCUACGAAUCACUGGACGAAGGAUCUACGAAUCACUGGACGAAGGAUCUACGAAUCACUGGACGAAGGAUCUACGAAUCACUGGACGAAGGAUCUACGAAUCACUGGACGAAGGAUCUACGAAUCACUGGACGAAGGAUCUACGAAUCACUGGACGAAGGAUCUACGAAUCACUGGACGAAGGAUCUACGAAUCACUGGACGAAGGAUCUACGAAUCACUGGACGAAUGAUCUACGAAUCACUGGACGAAGGAUCUACGAAUCACUGGACGAAGGAGUACAUGUAUGCAUUUGUUUAAAAAACGAAGGAGAUAGUUGUUUGGAAUUUAACUCCGUAAUUGUAAAUGUUAUAAUAGACGUAUCAAACUCCACAUAGAACUGUGGUGAUGUUAUAUUGUACAAACGUUUCUUUUUAAGAAAAUUAUUUAUAUAUCAUUUUAAAUUAUGUAUUUUAAAUUAUACCAUAUCCAUACGUUUGUCAGACUAUGACCAUUGUGUUGUGGAUUUUAUAUCAUACAAUUUCAACACAUAACAUGAAGGCCAAAUCAAGAGGUGAACCUUCUAUACAUACAAUGCCAGAAAAAGGUGGUCUAUAUAUUUAUUGUAUACGUUUAUAUACAGUAUAUUACAUAUCUAAAAAAGUGUAUGUUUGUUGAAAGCAUUUGUGUGUCCAUCAAACUGCUGAGUUGAGUUGAAGGCUUAUCAACCUUGUAAUGCCUUUGUGUUCUUUAAAAUAAGGUAUAUCCCAACUUCCUUCAUAAGCUAUUAUGUACCUUCUACCGACUGUAGUGAUCCUAUUGAGAUAUGAGUAUUACUACUACUACUACUACUGCGAUAUGAGUAUUACUAUACUGAGAUAUGAGUAUUACUACUACUACUACUGAGAUAUGAGUAUUACUAUACUGAGAUAUGAGUAUUACUGUGACUGAGUCCAUUGUGUAAUUUAUCUUGGUUGAUUAAUAUUUGAAAUAGAUUUGAAGUAUGAAUCACUAUGGCUCAUAUCCCUUGGAAAUGACCUAUAGAUCUCUCUCUGAUUUCUCAUACUGUACGUGCGCUGCUUUUAGAGUUAGAUUUUGUAUGCAUUGAACCUUUAAUGUCGCUACCUUGUCUGUGCCAGGAACAGUAUAAAAAGGAGGGAGUCACCCUGCAUCCCAGAACAGUGUCUCUACUAUGGGCACUUACUAGUAGGUACUAUGCUUCUGUCCAUCGAGAUUAAAUGAAUGUUUACAUUUUCAUAUACCGACACAGACCUGUAGUUAUUCUUUGCACUGGUUUGACUGACAAGUACACUUCAUGCUGGACGUUUACAGCAAGUAGACCUACAGAUACACUUGCUUGACGAAGUCCUUGCACUCCAACAUUGUCCUUCGUGUAUGGCUGUUUCAAUUGAUAUUGUACAUACUCCGUUCUCCGCUCGCGGGUCAGCUUUCAAAGAUGUGCCCAUGCAGCUAGCGGCAAGCGACAAAGCUUGACCUUACUCGUCUCCUAUUGUAAUGUCCCAUCUCCUGGUGCUCUGCUGUCACUGUCAUUAAAGCCCUUUCCUAGUGUCCUUGCAGUGCAAAAGGUGACAUCUCCAAGUCGUCUCUGCUCUGUUUGCUGCAGUGCUGACUGGUAAGCAGAGUGUCACUGGGAUUGACUUUAAUUAAAUGGCUUCCGUUAAGACGUACGCACACACACACACACACACACACACACACACACACACACACACACACACACACACACACACACACACACACACACACACACACACACACACACACACACACACACACAGCAAUAGAAAGGGGGCUGGGUUGUUCCCGUCAGGACAAUGAGGGAAUGGCUGGUUGCGAAACCUCUACAGAAGCUGUGUCAGCAGUCUGGUAGAGCUAGCAGGCUUCAUGCAGAAUUUCCUUCUGACAUCCCUCUUGCCUGUUUGCUUUUACCCCCAAAAGGGACAUGAUCUGUUUGUCUAAAGGGCCAUGAUCUGUUUGUCCAAAGGGCGACGAUCUGUUUGUCCAAAAGGCCACGAUCUGUUUGUCCAAAAGGCCAUGAACUGUUUGUCCAAAGGGCCAUGAUCUGUUUGUCCAAAGGGCCAUGAUCUGUUUGUCCAAAAGACCAUGAUCUGUUUGUCCAAAAGACCAUGAACUGUUUGUCCAAAGGGCCAUGAUCUGUUUGUCCAAAGGGCCAUGAUCUGUUUGUCCAAAGGGCCAUGAACUGUUUGUCCAAAGGGCCAUGAUCUGUUUGUCCAAAGGGCCAUGAUCUGUUUGUCUAAAGGGCCAUGGUCUGUUUGUCCAAAAGACCAUGAACUGUUUGUCCAAAGGGCCAUGAACUGUUUGUCCAAAGGGCCAUGAUCUGUUUGUCCAAAGGGCCAUGAUCUGUUUGUCCAAAGGGCCAUGAUCUGUUUGUCCAAAGGGCCAUGAUCUGUUUGUCCAAAGGGCCAUGAUCUGAUUGUCCAAAAGGCCACGAUCUGUUUGUCCAAAGGGCCACGAUCUGUUUGUCCAAAGGGCCACGAUCUGUUUGUCCAAAGGGCCACAUAUUUCGUGAAUUUAAGAUUUGAGUUUUCAUGCUCUCCAAGGGCAGGUGUGGAUUGGGAUUUUAAUAUUCAUGCUUUACAGGUUGUGUGGUUUAAUUCAUUGACAUGUCAUACUAGUUUUUUUGUGAGCUUCUGUGUUUUCCCUGAAGGUACAUAAUACAGUAGCUGUAGGCCUACAUGGACUUUAUGCCUUAUGUUGCUUUGGUUUAGCAAAACAUUCUGAUGGGAAAAAACAUGCCUGCUUCACACAGUCAGAGAGGGCUGCUGUUCUGGUGCUGUUAUGAAGACAAACACUUCCCAUUUCAAAUGAUUUAAAACAUUCAUAUUUUCCUACAGAAGACAUGACUUACCUCUGUCCAGCAAAGCAACCCCUGAUAUGUUGACUUUUUCUAUUUUAUUUGAUUAUUAUUUGUCAUUGGGAGAGUGAAUCGUCCUUUGUUACACUGUGUCACAGUGUUACACUGUGUUACACUGUGUCACAGGAGGUUGGUGGCACUUUAAUUGGGGAGGACGGGCUCAUAGUAACGGCUGGAAUGGCAUGCAUGGUAUGGUAUCGAGCACCAUUCCGUUCACUCCAUUCCAGCUAAAAUGAUUUGUCGUCGUCCUCUCAGCAGCCUCCUGUAAUGUGUGUGUGUGUGUGUGUGUGUGUGUGUGUGUGUGUGUGUGUGUGUGUGUGUGUGUGUGUGUGUGUGUGUGUGUGUGUGUGUGUGUGUGUGUGUGUGUGUGUGUGUGUGUGUGUGUACGCGCGUGUGUCCUCUAUGUGUGCUUUUGCAUAAAAUGCUCCAAGGCAGCUUUGUGACAUGUUUGUGUAGUGGUUUUAUUUGUUAUCAUCGUCUGUCUGCUGAGGAUUAUGACCCAUUUCCAGCUGUUUGGUGUGAAUGUUCCAUAAAAACAUUUGACUUGUGAGUGACAUUGUAUUUAUUUAUUUAAUCAAGUAUUUUCUUUUUUGCUAACAAUAUAAUAGAACUUAAUCUGUGCCAAUAAUACUAAUCUAAUAUUUUUCUAAGUUUGCUUACUGUAUGUGUUCCUUAGUAGCUUGUGCCCAUGUAAAAAAUAUACAUACAUAUAUUUCAGAACAUUAUGAUAAACAAUAUCAACAUUAUAUUAUAAUAAAAAAAGUAUGUUUCUUUAUGCAA